AUGUUUGGUGCAUUCAGGACUACAAACUCGCUACUAAGUGGUCUACUUUGGAAGGUUCCAUGGAGGUUAUCUGCUCCUCAAAAGAGAAGACAAAGGCAAAGAUUGAGAGACGUAGAUAAUGUAAUUAAACAACUAACGUUGGGUCUACAUGUAAUGAGGUCCCAAGCUAAGGGGUUAACCUUCGAAGAAAGUAUGGCAGCUAAAAAGAUGUAUAAGCCAAGAAGUGAAGCUAUGAGAUUAAUUAAUAAACCAUCGUUAUUUCCUAAGGAAAAUCAAAUGUCUAGUAAAGACAAAUAUACUGUAUUUAGUAAAAAUGAUAAUGGUUACAGAAAGGGAGUGCAUAAAGUACCUAAAUGGACAAAACUAUCUCUAAGAAGAAACCCUAAAUUUUUCUAA